AUGUCUCGCGAAAUCAUCCAGUUUCAUAAUCCUUUGCCAACUUGGUCCGGGUCCUACUCCGACCUCUCCUUCGCUGCGGAGGAGAGUCAAACUGAUGACCUUGGGCAUUCAACUCUCGAGAGUUGGACAGAUGAGGAUAGCAUCGAAGAAAUUGAUCGCCUCACAUCCCAGCAGGUCAAUUUGGCCGAGGCUCUCGAGUUGAUUCGUGCUUCAAAGGCGCCUUCCGAGCUCGAUACUCUUGAACUCCACACUGCAUACAACACAAUUCUCAACAGUGACCUGGUUCCUCGACCUCAAACAACUACUUCGAUGGCGCCGUCGCCCGGCAUGACGGCGCCUCACAUUGGAAUAUACAAAUCCCAGCCUUCUUUCCCGCCCUCGAUCACCAAGACGGCCACGAGCACGGCUCCCCGCAUGUGCGUCGUAUCAGUGCCGAAACCCCGUAGCAACACUUCCCAUAUCCUGUCCUUCCGGGAUGAGACUACCCACGAUCAUGACAAGAGAUGGCUCCAGAUCAACCGCACCAGAUCAUAUCCAAGCGGACUGACAGCGAGCUCCAUGAAGAAGGUGCUGGGUAUGAUUGGCAAGCUCAUCUUGAGGAAAUAG